AUGGUAUCACCAUGUUGGCCAAAUACAGCUCAAUUAACAUUAAGUAUUCAAUGCUCAAACGAACUUAUACUUCUUUUACAACGUAAUACUCUGCCCUCAAUUGAACAAUUGAGCGUUACUAAUGAAGAGCUACAUUUUCCUUUACUACUAAAUGAAGGUAAAUCAGCAUCAGGUAUUCGACUUUGUAAACAUGAUCUACGUGAAAGACUCGAUGGUACUCGACUACGAUAUUUACUGCUACGUUAUUUAAGUCUCAGUGAUGUUGUUAUAUUACUUGACGCGUUAACUAUGCCUUUACUUGAAAACAUGAUAUUGGUUGAUUUGUAUGAUUAUACACAUACAUCUGUUCCCAUUAUAACAACUCGACGACAAUUAAUUCAAUGGACUAGCGAUGUAAAAUAUGAGCCUGAUCAUUUAGUGAAAACUCUACAAAUACUUGCAAGUGGUCGCGUUAAUGAACUCCGCUUGACGUACUUCAAUGAAUUAUUAAAUGCAUCGAUGACAUUACAUUAUCCUUCCAGUUGUGAUUUGUUGUUUCGUCAUCUACGAUCUUUGACUUUUAAUUUCCUAUCAAAAUCAAUAUCAAAGUUAGAACGUGUGACCAUUAUCAAACAAAUACUGGAUGCAUCACCAAAUCUUUCACAUCUUGUAGUGCCAUGGGAGGAUUUUCGUGAAUGUUCACAUAGCUACUUAAAUCUUCGACAUGUCAAUCUCAUAUUAGAACGAUUAUAUCCCGAACCUAUAGAAUAUUUCAAUGUUGAUCGAUUAGCUCAAUUAGCACCUUAUCUAUGUUCUCUUGAAACAAGUCGUGAAAUUAUUAAGUUAAACGAAAAUCUUGUUCAAUUUAUUUGGAAAAUUAUUCAUCGAUUUGAUCAAUUAGUGUAUUUAAUAGUGAACAAAGACUGUCUUUAUCGAUCGAAGCAUGAAAAACAGAAAAUAUUCGAAGAAAGAUUAUUAGCAGUUGGACAUAAUCAACUAUUUAAUUGUAAUAAUAUUAAAAUUGAAUUUCGUAGAUACGACGAACUACGUAUUUGGCUUUAA